GACCAGCCCCUCUCUGUCUUCCAACAAGAUGUGAAUGUGAUGGCUCACCGAGCGGACGUUCUCAGAGUUCUGAUUCUGUUCAAAUAUGGCGGCACUUACAACGAUAAUGACGUCAUUUGGGUCAAGCCACUUUCUGAGAGCCAGAGAAGGUACCCAACGGUCUUGUGCUACGAGUGGGUGGAUGUUCCCCCCUGGCCUCGAGCAAUCAGCAACGGUUUGUUGGUGGCAAGAGCUGGAGCUCCAUUCCUGUUGAAAGUUCUAGAGUCUUUCUGGUACUACCGUGACGACAAGUGGGCCUUGAACUCAGUGAUGAUGUACUACAAGCUGUAUGAGAGGAACCCGGAAAUGGCCUACAUUGACCCAAAGCUACAGGUCAUUUGCUACCACAAAAUCUGCCACCCAACCUGGCACGACAACUACCGCAGGAGCUACCAGGAUCGUAGACCUACAACCAGAUUUAACAUUGAAGAAACAAACGCUUUCCAUUUCAUUCACAUGAACGCUCCACCAAUUUUCACAUCGUUUUCUGCCAUAAAGAACAAAACCAGCGUUGACGCUUUGUUGUUAAGGAGAUUAAUGGACGCUAUACAGAAGGCGGGGAGAUCUCAUUUGUUGGAGGAUAAAAACUAGAUUAACCUAUAAGAAAAAUUGCUGAGUUUUAAUUCAAGGGUUUCCUUGUUUUAUUUUAAG